AGUAUUUAAAAGCAAUAAAACUGAGACUUAUUUCUUGUUGGUUCCUUCUUUUCUUUUGCUUGUGGGUUUUGGUUUUCUAAUCAGAGCAACCAAACCAAAGAAGGAAGAUUCAAAGGUGCUGAAAUGUGUCUAUUGCUUGCUUCUUGUUUAUGGGUUCCUGCGACAUUUUGAGUGUGUUGUUUGGUUUAGGUGUUUGGUGCGUUGCUUAUAUAACAGUCGCAAUCUUUGCAUGUUUUAGAAUCCUUCACUCUCUUUGUUCAAUUUAGAGUUUUGUGGAGGCUUUACUUGUUGCUACAAUGGGUUACGCACAGCUCGUUAUCGGUCCAGCAGGAAGCGGAAAGUCAACUUAUUGCUCAACUUUAUAUGAGCAUUGUGAAACCAUCGGUCGAACAAUGCAUGUUGUUAACUUGGACCCUGCUGCUGAGAUCUUUAACUAUCCUGUUGCUAUGGAUAUCCGAGAACUUGUUUCUUUGGAAGAUGUAAUGGAGAAGCUAGGGCUUGGUCCUAAUGGUGGCCUUAUGUAUUGCAUGGAGUACCUUGAGGAUAGCUUACAUGAUUGGGUGGACGAAGAAUUGGAGAACUACAGGGACGACGAUUACCUUAUAUUUGAUUGUCCAGGCCAGAUAGAGCUGUUUACACAUGUUCCUGUGCUCAAGAACUUUGUGCAGCAUUUGCAACAGAAGAACUUCAACGUCUGUGUUGUUUAUCUGCUUGAUUCACAGUUCAUAACAGAUGUAACGAAGUUUAUCAGCGGCUGCAUGUCUUCUCUCUCUGCAAUGGUCCAGCUUGAAUUACCACAUGUCAAUAUCCUCUCAAAGAUGGAUCUCUUGCAGGAUAAAAGCAACAUUGAUAACUACUUGGAUCCGGAGCCUCGCACAUUGCUGGCAGAGUUAAACAAAAGGAUGUCUCCACGAUUUGCAAAAUUGAACAAAGCCUUGAUGGAGAUGGUGGGAGAGUAUGGGAUGGUGAAUUUCAUACCCUUUGACAUAAGGAAAGAACGAAGCAUUCAAUAUGUUCUGUCGCAAAUCGAUGUCUGUAUCCAGUUUGGGGAAGACGCUGACGUUAAGAUCAGAGAUCAAGAUGAAGAUCUCGGUGGUGAUGGUCCUGAUCUAUAAUAUGUUGCUCUGUUUCUACUACGUUUUUGGUCGAAAUUAUCAAACAAACAUUCUUGGCCUGUUCUUGUUAGUGGCCAAUGAAUUUGUGAGAACUACUAGAUUGUGCAGAAUCAGACCUAAGUAAGAGACUUUUAAACUGAUCAUAACUUCUCGAACCAGACACCAUUAAUUCAGCUAUUGGUAUAUUUACGAGAUCA